AUGAAAUUCAGCAAAACUUUAGAAAGUAGUCUGGAAAAAAUUCCUUCAGACUGGAAACCAUUCCUUAUUCAAUACAAACCCCUUAAAAGAUGCAUUAAAGCAAUUGUUCAGGAACUAAAUGCUAAAGGCAUACUUCAAAUUAUGGCUAACGAAGGUUACAAAAUUGAGUAUAGUUUUGAAUGCUACAAGCCUGAAUGUACUUCCGAAGACGGCCCAGUUUGUGUUCGUCCAUGUGUUAAAGUUUGCUCAAACUGCUAUGGACGUUCUUCUGAAGUAACUUUGCAUGUUAAGAAAUAUGAUUCGAUUUUAUCUUUGCCAUUAAACCUUCCGAACGAUGAUAAUAUGAAGCUAUCCUUUUUGGUAGACAAUGAAGCAUCUCACAUGAAAAAUAGGUUAAAUCAGCUUUCUAGGACAUCACACAUCGAACUUAAAGCUGAUGGUGAAUUUUUUUUUAUGCUUUUGAAAGAGAUUUAUCAACUAAAUUGUCUUCAAAAACAAAAUAAAGACAAAUUUCUCGAUAAACUACAAAAACUAAAAAGCUUGUUGAUCAAAGUCACGUCACCCUUUGAGAAAGAUAUGUAUACUUGGCGCCAAAUAUUUCAAAUUUAUAUAGAAAAUAAGAUUUUCGUUGGCAAUACCGAGUCCGAUAGAGAAGAAAGAAGUUGGGAAUCCGCUCAAAACCAAUUAACCUAUUUCGUUGAUCAAAUUAACGAAUCCCGCUUGGUUAAAAAGCUGAAACACCCAUUAUCUAAAUCUGCUUUUGAGGUGUUUUUAAAGCUUAAUCGUAGUCUUGUUGCAAUGAAACAAUUUCAAGACAUUAACCAAAAGGCGACGUCAAAAAUCCUUAAAAAGCAUGACAAGAAAACAUCUCUAGUUUCUUGCCAAAACUUCCAAUAUUUAAUAGAAAAGUAUUCGCUUCUCUCAAAGAAUAAUUUCAAAUCCCUUUGCUAUGAAAUGGAGCAAUUAAUGACCAUUAUUCCUCAACUCGACGAUUAUAACUGCCCCAUUUGUUUAAUUACUUUAAUAGAUGUCGCCUGGAAACCUAUUCGUCUUUGUUGCAUGCAUGUAUUCUGUGUUAGAUGUCUGGUCAAAUCUGGACGUAAAGGCAUGCGCAAUUGUCCAAUUUGUCGGGCAAAGGAUGCUGUAUAUAAUGUGGAAUCAAACAACUUGGACGUAUGUUUGAUGAAUUUCUUGGGUCUUUACUUCCCGAAAGAAGUUCAUAAAAAACAAAAAGACGACGAUAGAGAACGAGUUGCUGAGGAAAUGGAGGCCAUAACAGGCCUAAGAAUCGAGGAAAGAGAAGCAUGCGUAUUGUUAUAA